AUGUCCCAAGUCGCUCGAGCAAAGAAGAUGUUCGACGACGUAUCCUCCUUUUCCGAGGAGGACGUCGUCAAUGACGAGACGAUGCAGCACAAGGUGAACUCACCAUCCGCGGCCCCCUCGGCGCAGCACGUUGACCCUGCAGUUUCUCGUUUGACGGCGCUCUCAGCAACAACAGUCUCACAGGUUGAUAGCGAUGACGAUGCCAACGCCUUUGUGCCCAAGUCGGCAUCUUCAUUACAGCAGGUGGCGGAGCCGGAGGGUGCUGGUGGGGAAGACGCGGGACACGUGACGAUGGUUGCCCGCAUGUCCGUGUCGCUGACUCCAAAGGACUCUCCACGAGCUGCGUCGCCAGCGGAGCCGUCUGCACAGGCUCAAGUGCUUGUACAAUACUCCUCAGUAGCCAUGCAAGCUCUACAGCCGCCCAAAUUCGCUGCGGCCGGCGACCUGCCGUGGAACAGGGCAGCGUUGGGCAACGCCUCUGAGUACAGUGCGCCGGCAGCUCUGUCACCGCGGCAGUCGUGGCCAGCGGAGGUCAAAGCCGUCGUAAGCCCUCAGCAGGCUGGCGCCGGUAAGGCGAGUUCGCGGAAGAGCCGUCGCCGCCCCUACACCCCGGGUGUGCAUAACUCGCGUGUGGGAGACGGCAGCGGAGGUGCAGUCCCCACUGGUGCUGAAGGUGCCACUCCUGCUCAGUACUCUGAGCGAGAGGAAACGGAGGCGGGGGCAUUUUCCACCAUGGAGAACCGCGAGGAGGCCAAGAGCGCACAGUGUGGCCCUGACGAGUCUGAUGACGAGAUGCGCGCGCAGUACACGCCAGCCUCGAUGAACCGGGCAACGGCGGCGCACAAAGAGUACUCCAGCGAUGAAUACGCAGCUCACCAUGGCGCGUCCACCGGCCUUAGACACGGCUCGAACAGCGAAGUCAGCAAGGACAAGGACUUCCCUUUCGCUUCGUACAUCUUCCCCCGCCUCAACCCGGCCUUGGCUGACUAUCCGAGAACCCGCGCCGCGGGUUCUGCGGUGAAGCAAGGUGAAGCGAUGCCACCCAACGCGGUGGAGAUGUGCUGCGCGUACCUGAUAGUUACAGACAUUCGCGUCGCUGUCUACCUCGUCCUGCUGUUUGUAUCGGUCGCACUGCUACUGGUGUCGAUCCCCACGUCGCAGCUGGACAUGGUGGGCGGGGCUUGCUUUACGUACUGGGGCUAUAAAGACAACUGCGACAACAUUACCUACACCAUCCCUCUACCGCUGUACUCCAUCCCCUUUAUCCGCAGACACCUCAGCGUGGGGGCAGCCUUCUCAAUCAUCACCCUAAUUGUGCUCCUGGUGAAUUUCGCGACUGCCGUCAUCGUCGUCUACUGCCUAAAGACGGCACCACACACCAUCUCGUUCCACUCUCGCGCCGUCCUCGGUGCCCUCGGGUGUGUAGGCGCAUUCAUGCAGCUGAUUUCCUGGGCGGUGGUGGCGAGGAUCUACAAUUCUGACAGCGCCUUCACCGAUGAGAUCACAUACGGAGCUGGCUUCGGGUUUAAUAUCUCGUCAUGGGCGAUGAAUCUUCUCGGUGUCGUGGUCGUCUUCGCUCCUCUCUCCCCGUUUCGUGCACCGUCAAUAGCAGCGCAGUGGAGGGUGAGAGAGAUUGACUGA